AGUUCCAUCGUAGCUCUCGUGGAAGAAGCACACAAAAUUCUUUUUAUACCAUCUCUUCCCAUUUACGUUACCUCUCCGCGCUCAUCUAACCACAACCAAAAUCCCAAGUGAAUGAUGUGAUAAGUAAACAAUUUGCGUGGAAUUGGUUUUAAGGACCGUGCAAGACAAAUUUUUGUAAUUAUUUGUGGGAUUCUUGCAAUUACCAAAAAUAAAAAAAUUCGCGAACUCCACCAGGGAAAAGUCGUGGGAGUUUUGCGAAAGCCAAUAAAACGGAGAUAGUCAUCACAAGUUGCAUAACUGUUAGUAACUGCGCCAUGAAGGUCAUAAUUGUUGGUAUAUUCUUCGCAAUAUUGGCGGGAAUUUUGGCUGAAGCACGAGCUGUCGAUGGAAACACUACAGAUGUGGCAGUACCUAAUGCCAGGGAAGACUCCAACAUUACACUGAGAAACAUUCACAUAAAUCUUCAGCCAAUUGAGAGAUUUCUGAAUUGGAUCUUCGAGGAAAAGAUUGUCUCAGAAGUUGGGGAACAGAGUCCGCGAACGUUUGCGCGAAUACGAUGGAUGGGGAAGAUGUUUAAUUUGGUAAUGUUCUUAUUGGGCAUGCUGAUAACAAUGUCGGCUGGAGGAAUAAUGAUGGGAAUGUGGAGUGUCAAGCUCGGGAUGGGUGUUAUGCUGCUGAAUAUGGCUGUGCUGUUGAUAAGGCUACUUCUUUCGGGUGGCAAUGGAAACAACGGUGGCGGAGGUUUCACUGCAGGUUUCAACGGCGGCGGCGGAGGGCUCAAUGGAGGAGGUUUCAUCAAUGGAGGAGGUGGAGGAAACGGAGGUUUUUUCAAUGGAGGUGGUGGAAAUGGAUUUAACGGCAAUGGGAAUGGCGGUGGCAUGAUGAUGCUUCCACAGGGAAGGGUAAACUUCCAAAUCUUCUCAUCUCAGUCUCCAGUGAUAGCAACCAUGCCGACAAUGCUUAUGGGCAAUCUUAAUGGAAAUGGAUUGGGUGUAGGUACCAUGGGAAAUUUAAAUGGUAUGGGAAAUUUGAAUAAUCUGGGAGGUUUGAAUGCCAUGACAGGGUCGAUGAUUCCAAUAUUUGCUGCAAGAUUACCAGUUACAACGUUACAAACGGGAACAGCAAAUGGAGUCAACAAUGACCGUGUAGAAUUCCUAGGAAAUCUUGUUGGAGUUGCACCACUUAAUCAAAAUUUGGCCAACAUCCUAAAUCAGGUCAACAGAAAGAAGAAGUAAAUUUUAUGUGUAUAAUUUUGAGUCUGUACGCUGCUAAUCAUAUGGUUUGAUUAUCAUCAAUUUGCUACCAAAGGUUCUUGUAAUUAUAAAUUUUUUGUAUGAAAAUAUUUAUUGCAACUAUUAUUGUAGUUUGAAUUACAACCCACAGCUUUUCGCUCCGUCAGCACUUUUGUGCUCAACAAACAUUGCCAACAUUGAGGCGUUUAUGAUCGUGUCAAUGAAUGAUCAACUUUCAUUGCUCUAUCUCAUAGUACAUUCUCUAUUCUACAACUAUUGUGAUAUAUCCUGUUAGAUAAUUCACACUUAGUAAUUUACAAAAUUGUUAUAUAAUUAUACAGCACUUAAUUGACAUCUCAAUUACCCCUUGGAAAUGCUGUAACUUUUUGUGAUCUUAAUAUUUUAGUGAUAUCAAGCUGUAUCAACAAACAUCUGAUAAACAAAGAAUAGGGAAAUUUUACAUAAUAAAGAAAUCCUUUAUUAAAAAAAAA